AUGGGGAUCUUUAGCCAUGAUGACAACAGCAAUACAACUUGCCCGAUGCCGAAAUAUCUUGUUGCUGAUGCACCUGAUAACCUUGUCGGUGACCUUACAUUUCACCAAUUUAAUAUGAUCCUCUCGGGUGCUUGCACGGGUCUCACUUGUUUGGUCAUAUUAAUGUCUAUGUUUAACCAUGCAAUUCACUUGAGCGAUCCGAAUAAGCAGAUCAAAAUCAUGAGGAUCGCGUCUAUUUUCCCGAUAUACUCGAUCUUAUCGUUGCUUUCGAUCUGUUUCCCAGACGCAUAUGUCUAUCUGAAUGGAUGGGUUGAUGUUGUCCAAGGAAUUGCAAUGUAUUCCUUUCUGAUGCUGCUAUGCGACUUUCUUGCGCCCAACGACCGACACCGAGUUGAGUUCUUUGCAUCCCUGAGGAUUCCCAGCAAAUUCAACAAAAGCAAAACAACAAACGGACUCUCAUGGUUGAAGCGAAGUUGGAUCUUGGUACUGCAAUAUCCAUUUGUCGCAUUUAUUCUCGCCAUAGCUCAAUGUAUUACCCAGGCACAAGGAACCUACUGUCUUGAAAGCAGAGAUAAACAUUUUGCUCAUUUCUGGAUCAACAUUAUUGGAAUCAUAUCGCUUGGUCUAGCGAUCGUCGCUAUUCUCGGGUUUUACACCAACCUCAAAGGGCAUAUGCAAGAGCAUAAACCACUACUUAAGCUCCUGGCCUUUAAGCUCGUUGUUGGUCUUGAGUUUUUGGAAGAGAUCAUAUUUACAAUUCUGCACUCCGCCGACGCCCUCAAGCCAUCCGAUACACUAAGCUACGCAGAUACAAUCAUCGGCUUGCCUACCAUGCUUAUCUGCAUUCAAAUGGUUCCGUUCGCAUUUUUAUUUUACUACGCUUAUUCCGUCAAGCCAUACAAGACGUCAAACUCUGGUAUCAAAAGCAGCAGCGACUCUCAACAAUAUCUGGCCGUUGUCGACAGCGAGAGCGGCGGCCACUACGUUAGACGCUACCAGGGAGGCCCACUGGGGAUUUUCGCAUGGCUUGCAUUGUUCAAUCCGGUGGAUUUCUUCCGAGACAUCAAAUCGACAUUGGAUAUGUUUCGUGAUGCUAGUAAGACAGGCCCAGUGAGGGAGGCUGGAAUGAACAUGCCAGAUUACCGGAUGUAG